AUGGCGCCUACGCCGGAGUCCACAGAUUUCCGACACAUUCUCGUACCUCGCGAUUAUGGAACAAGCUAUUUAUACUGGCUGAAAUAUAUAAUUAUAGCAUGCAUCACAAUUUUCUUCCUUGUCUUUUUCAUUCGUGUCCUAUAUUGGUACUACAUAUACGACCGAGAGCAACGGCAAUGGAACAGUUGGUAUCAUUGGAAUAACAGCCAACGUGCCCAGGACGAGCGGAUGCGACAAUGGUCCCUCGCUCAGCAGCGGCAGCAGCAACAACAUGCACGGGCUCAACAACAUCAAAGAACUGCACGGCGGUCGGCACAGGCACGACAGCCGAAUAGAAAUACUCGACCGAAUAUGAGAACAGUGCCGGUUGCACACCCUCAACCCGCUAUAUUGCGGAUGCAUAUUGUGACCCCGCCGCCACAGCCGCCUCCACCUCCGCCGGUGAAUAUGAUGUUCUUGGUGGUUAAUGUACCGGAUACGGAGAGUAAUGGGGCUCCGAGAGGAGAAACUCGUUCUCCGACGCAUGCGAGUCAGUACCGUCGAGAGGGUAUUACAAGGGCAAAUGAAGGAAGUGAACGGGGACAUCAGCGGACACCUUCAAGAGCCUCGUCAAGGAGUCAAACACGGACGGAUACAAGAAGUGAUCGAGAACACCAGAGGACCCCGUCGAGGACCCAGUCAAGAAACCAGUCAAGAACAGAAUCAGGCAUGCAGGCGAUUGACGAAGCACCACCGGCUUAUCGACCCUAA